GGCCCCUCUUCCUUCCUUCCUUCCUUCCUUCCUUCCCUUCCUCCCUCAUCCUCUCUGGUUUCGUUACAAGAAGCAAAGUCGCGUCUCUUUCUUCUCUUUCUGCUGAAGGGACAAGUCCCGUCGCCGCAAUGAGACCGUGGGCUUUGCUCCUCGCAGUACUGGGGGGAGCUCUGUGCCAAGAUCCCGAGCAUCCCCAUGGCUGUUCCCAAGGCAGUUGCUAUCCAAGCACAGGAGAUUUGCUGGUAGGUCGGGCUGACCGCCUCUCCGCUACCUCCACCUGUGGCCUGCGACAUCGCCAGCCCUACUGCAUUGUCAGCCAUUUGCAGGAUGAGAAAAAGUGCUUUGUUUGUGACUCUCGCCGGCCCUAUGAUCCCACGUCAAAUCCUAACAGCCAUCGGAUUGAGAAUGUGAUCACUACUUUUGCACCACAUCGUAAGAAGGCCUGGUGGCAGUCGGAGAAUGGUGUGGAACAGGUCAGCAUCCGCUUAGAUCUGGAAGCCGAGUUCCACUUCACUCACCUCAUCAUGACUUUUAAGACUUUCCGGCCAGCAGCCAUGUUGGUGGAGCGUUCAGCAGAUUUUGGCCGCACUUGGCAGGUGUAUCGCUACUUUGCCUAUGACUGUGCAGCAUCAGUCCCAUUUGCCUCCCGGGGACCCUUGAGGCGGGUGGACGAUGUCAUCUGCGAGUCCCGUUACUCAGACAUUGAACCCUCCACUGAAGGAGAGGUAAUCUACAGGGUGCUAGACCCAGCUAUCCACAUCCGGGACCCGUACGGUCCAAAAAUCCAGAAUCUUCUGCGAGUCACCAACCUACGGGUGAACUUGACCAAGCUGCACACCCUGGGAGACAACCUGCUGGAUUCACGGCGGGAGAUCAAGGAGAAGUACUACUAUGCCGUGUAUGAGAUGGUGCUGCGAGGCAACUGUUUCUGCUAUGGGCAUGCCUCCGAGUGUGCUCCCCUGGCUGGCAGCCCUGCAGAUGUUGAGGGCAUGGUGCAUGGUCGCUGUGUCUGCAAACACAACACCAAAGGGCUGAACUGUGAGCAGUGUGAUGACUUCUACCAUGAACUGCCUUGGCGCCCAGCUGAAGGAAGGCGCACCAAUGCUUGCAAAAAGUGCAACUGCAAUGAGCACUCGUAUCGGUGCCACUUUGACAUGGCUGUGUACCUGGCCACAGGCAACACGAGUGGCGGAGUCUGUGACGAGUGUCAGCACAACACCAUGGGCCGCAACUGCCAGCUCUGCAAGCCCUUCUACUACAAGGACCCCACCAAGGACAUCCGUGACCCCAAUGUUUGCCAUGCCUGUGACUGUGACCCUGAUGGCACAUUGGAUGGUGGGGUGUGUGACACACACGACGACCCAACGCUGGGGCUCAUCGCAGGACAGUGUCGCUGUAAGGAACAUGUGCAGGGAGCCCGCUGUGACAAGUGCAAGCCCGGCUUCUUUGGACUGAAUGCAGACAACCCACAAGGCUGCCAACGUUGUCAGUGUGACCCACGAGGCACGGUGCAAGAUGGGCCCCAGUGCGAUGCCAUCACGGGAGACUGCUUCUGCAAACGGUUGGUGACCGGGCGCAGCUGUAACCAGUGUCUGCCUGAACACUGGGCCUUGAGCCCUGACCUACAUGGCUGCCGGCCUUGUGAAUGUGAUGUAGGAGGUGCCCAUGAUAACCAGUGUGCCACUGAAACAGGACAAUGCCGCUGCCGCAGCCACAUGGUCGGCAGGCAGUGCAGCCAAGUGCAGACUGGCUAUUUCCACAUCAUGCUAGAUCACUACACAUAUGAAGCAGAAGAGGCUGAACUUCACCAGGGAGCUGAAGUUGUGGAGCGAAUGCACCUCACAGGCCGGCCAGCUACAUGGACGGGAGUGGGCUUUGUACGGGUGCUGGAGGGCAACGUGGUGUCAUUUCGGAUUGAUAAUGUGCCCUUCACCAUGGAAUAUGACAUACUGCUGCGCUAUGAACCUCAGCUGCCAGGAAAAUGGGAGGUGAAGGUGUCUGUGAUACGGCCUGGACCUAUCCUCACCAGCAGCCCAUGUGGAAACACCAUCCCUGCUGAUGACGUGAUGUCAACAUCUUUGCCGCCUGCAUCACGAUAUGUGGUGUUGGCACAGCCGGUCUGUCUGGAGCAAGGGGUCAGCUAUACCAUCCGGGUGGAGUUCACUCGCUAUGGUGGACAUGAGCCUUUGCAAGGUGCAUCUAUACUGCUGGACUCCUUGGUACUGAUGCCACGUUACUCCUCCUUGGAGAUGUUCAUUGCUGGGGAUCCUGCCUCCAUUGCCCGCAAGGAGAUCUUUGAGCGCUACCGCUGUGUCCAACAGGCUCGCCCUGUGAUUAAGGCACCCACCCCAGAGCCUUGUGCCCAUUUACUCACCAGCAUGUCAGCUGUCAUCCAUCAAGGGGCAUUGCCCUGCUUGUGCAGUCCACAGGGCUCAUUGAGUUCGGAGUGCAACCCAGUUGGUGGUCAAUGCCAGUGCAAGUCACAUGUUGUGGGUCGCCGCUGUGAACGUUGUUUCCCUGGCACCUUUGGCUUUGGGCCUGCUGGCUGCAGAGCAUGCCAGUGUAGCCCCGAAGGGUCCUUAAGUGGCUUCUGUGACAACUUCAGUGGACAGUGCCCAUGCCGGCCAGGAGCCUUUGGCCUUCGCUGCAACCACUGCCAACCAGUCCAUUGGGGUUUUCCAAACUGCCGCCCAUGCCAGUGCAAUGGCCGCUCUGAGGAAUGUGACCCACAGACUGGCAGCUGCUUACAUUGCCGGGGCCACACAGAAGGAGAUCGAUGCCAAAGUUGUGUCUCUGGAUACUACGGAAAUCCAGUGCUGGCUUCAGGGGGCCAUUGUCGCCCCUGUCCCUGCCCUGAGGCCCCUGGAUCUGGCCGACAUUUUGCUGCCACUUGCCAUCAAGACAGCCGCUCUGGAAGCGUGAUAUGUAGCUGUCUGGCAGGCUAUACAGGCCCCCGCUGUGAUGAGUGUGCACCCGGUUAUUAUGGCAACCCUUGGCAGGCUAGGGGUCGAUGCCAGCCCUGUGCUUGUAAUAACAACAUUGAUGUGGGCGACCCAACCUCUUGUGAUCGACGGACGGGCCAAUGCCUCCGAUGCCUCUACAACUCUGAGGGGGACCAGUGUCAGUUCUGCCAAGGGGGCUAUUAUGGGGAUGCCACACGACGCACCUGCCGCCGAUGCUCCUGUAACUUCCUGGGCACAGCGCGCAGUGAGUGUCCAUCACGAGACCAAUGUCAAUGUGAGCGGUACAGUGGGCAGUGUCGGUGCCUGCCCAACGUCCAAGGACAGAACUGUGACCAUUGUGCCCCCAACUUCUGGAACAUAGCCAGUGGACAGGGCUGCCAGCCGUGUGAUUGCCACCCUCAGUACUCACUCAGCUCUGCUUGCAAUCAGUUUACAGGGCAGUGCCAAUGUCGACCAGGUUUUGGAGGCCAAACCUGUUCAGAAUGCCAGGAGAACCACUGGGGUGAACCAAAUCAGCAGUGCAGAGUCUGCGACUGUGACCCUCGUGGGAUCGAGAAGCCACAAUGCCACCGCAUCACCGGGCAUUGUUCCUGCCGCCCAGGCGUGUCAGGCGUGCGCUGCGACCAGUGUUCCCGUGGCUUUGCUGGUGAAUUCCCUGCCUGCCAGCCAUGUCACAAGUGCUUUGGAGACUGGGAUCGCAUUGUGCAGGAUCUGGCUGGCCGCACCCGUGCCCUGGUACAGCGGGCCCAACAGCUCCAGCAGACAGGCGUCACCGGCGCUUUUGAGGGUCCUUUCCGGCGACUGCAGGAGAAGCUGAGCGCUGCCCAGACUAUAGUUAAUGCCCACAAUGCCACUGCUAGUGCCAUCACCCACCUCUUGCAAAACAUGGAUGAGUUGAGGCAGGAGAUAGCUGAUAUAACAGAAACACUGACCCGUCUAGAAGGGUUUCUCACAGCCACUCAAGACAAGAACUUCAAUGCCAACCAUGCGCUGGGCACACUGGAACGUGGCGCUCGGGGGCUCAACCUCAGCCUGGCAGAUCUGUCGCGUCAGCUUGAGGCCCUUAUGAAUGCCAAUGUCUUGGGUGCCUACGAUAGUGUCCGUCAAUCCUAUGCGCAGUCGCGAGAAGCCGAGCACCGGGCCAAUACUUCCACCUUGGCAGUGCCCAGCCCCGUCAGCCAGUCGGCUGCUACCCGGCGUCGCACAGAACACCUGAUAACAACGCGGAGAGACGCUUUCAACCGGCAGAAUGCGGCCAACCGGCGAGGCCUGACAGACCUGUCGACCCGUGUGGCAGGGUUGAGCCUGCACCAGAUCAAUGAGAAGGUAUGUGGGGCCCCAGGGGAUGUCCCCUGCGCCAACAGCCCCUGUGGGGGAGCCGGCUGCCGAGAUGAAGAUGGCCAGCGUCACUGUGGGGGACUCAACUGUAAUGGGGCUGUGGCCACAGCUGAUAAUGCCCUGGACCGGGCCCGCCAUGCAGAGGGGGAGCUACGCCGUGCCGUGGUCGAUGUGGAUACCCUGCUGCGUCAGGUGGCUGAAGCAAAGGCCCGGGCAGGAGAGGCAAAACAGAGAGCACAGGCGGCUUUGGAGAAUGCCAAUGCCACCAAAGCCCGGCUGGAGCGCUCUAAUAAAGACCUGAGAGAUCUCAUCCAACAAAUCAAAGGAUUCCUGAAUCUUGAGGGGGCAGAUCCUGACAGCAUUGCUCUGGUAGCUUCCCGUGUGCUGGAACUCUCCAUCCCAGCAUCUCCUGCUCAAAUCCACCAUCUUGCUGAGCAGAUCAAGGAGCGUGUCAGCAGCUUGGCCAAUGUGGAUGCCAUCUUGAACCAAACGGCAGGGGAUGUCCGUGUGGCAGGGGACCUGCUAAAGGAGGCACGCCGGGCCAAUGCUCGAGCAGAAGGUGUAAAGAAUGCAGCUCAAUCGGUGAAGAAGGCCCUCGAUGAUGCCAAACGUGCCCAAAAUGCUGCCGAGAAAGCCAUCCGUGAUGCAGCCAGCGAUAUCCAUCACACAGAAGACAUGGUGAACAGGAUGCAGGAAAAGACAGCAAAUGCUGAAGGCCAGUUGGUUUUCGCCAUGGAGCGGGUGGGUGACCUCGAAAGGCAGGUGGACGAACUCAAGAUGAAACGGGCCAACAACAUCCUGGCAGCCACGCGAGCUGAAGAGACAGCUAGUGCUGCCAGGGAAAGAGCUGGGGAAGCUGAACAGAUCCUAGAUGGCCCGUUAAGUGACCAGUACCGCACAAUGAAGGAGCUUGUGGAGCACAAAGCCCAGCAUGUCCUGGGGGCUCGGCAGAAAGCGGAGCACCUGCGCGAUGAAGCCAAGGGACUGCUGCGCGAUGCUCAUGACAAAUUGCGCCGGCUCAGUGCACUAGAAGAAACAUAUGAAGAAAAUGAAAGAUUGCUGCAGGACAAAGCAGCCCAGCUGGACGGGUUGGAAGCCAAGAUGAGAAGCAUCUUGGGAGACAUCAAUCAGCAAAUCCAAAUCUACAACACCUGCCAGUGAGGCACUCCCUAUCCCUCACUGCAUAAGCCCCCUUUCACCUAGACGCUUUGAGAAAACUGGGUUGCUCCUGCUGCUUUGUAGUCCAGCCUUCCUCAAAUUGGUCCUCUCUCUCCAGAUUGUUAAGCUAUAGCUCCCAUAAUGCCAUACCCAGCACAUCCAAGAGGACUCUCGCUUGAGGCAGACUGCUCUAGUGAGUGCCUGGAGCACUGUUUCACUGCAUUGCUUGACAUGGGUCACUUUUGUCUUCAUCCCAGCCUCCAAUGCUCCCUCAGAAACCUUACACCAGGGCAUGGGCAAACUUCAGCCCUCCAUGUGUUUGUGAGUUGAAGUCCAAAAUAUCUGGAGGGCCAAAGUUUGUCCAUGCUUGCCUUAUACCGAGGUGCCUUAUGAUAAGUGCUUUCCCACUAGUACCUAGAGCAGGGCAUAUGGAAGCACUUGAGAUACCAAAGGAAAGGUUCCCAUGCUAUGUUCUGUUGCUCUUUUUUUGUGUUAUUUGAAACAUUUUGAAUUAGAAAUAACCAGCUCCAAAGUAAGGAGAACAGUACAUAGAAGAGCAGGUGAGGGACCUAGCUACACACUACUGUGCCUUUUAUGUAAGCUAAUGUCUCAGCUAGAGUGGCUUUGUUAUAUUUGUGUGAGAAUAAAGUGGCAUCGCUCUCUGUGCUGAA